AUGGCCACAAACGGGACUCCCGCAACAAACGGCACCAGUCAUCCAGAAAUCAUCCUGUACACCAACCAUAGCUGCCCAUGGGCACAUCGCGCUCAUAUCGCCAUCAAAGAGCUGGGCCUCCCUUACAAGGAGGAAAUCAUCGACUUGGAUCGACCGCGUGAUCCAUGGUAUCUCAAGGUGAACCCGCGCGGCCUCGUCCCCAGCGUCAGCUACAACGGCGAGAUCAUCACCGAGUCGGCCGUCGUGGCGCAAUUCCUCGCCGACGCACAUCCGUCGCCUUUACUCCCUCCAUCCAAUGGAGCGGCCAAUGCCUUGUACCGCGCCCGCGUCAAUUUCUUCGCCGACGCAUUCAUCAGCAAGGCCUUGCCGCACAUCUUUGCCGGCCAGCGCGCCCAGUCAGAGGCUGAGAAAGAUGAAGCCGCGGAUGCGCUGGUCGCGGCCGUGGCGAAGGAACUAGAACCCCUUUUCACAUGGGAUGCCGACGCGGGGCCUUUUUUCGGAGGCAGUCAGCGGCUGACUCUCGCGGAGGCUCUAACCGGCCCAUUCGUGCUCCGGCUCCUCUCUCUAAGCAAGCCUGAAUACGCCGUGCUGAGCCCGAAGCUGCCCGCCCUACUCGGCGAAAAGACUCCAAAGUUCAAGGCCUGGGCGUCCAAAGUUGUCGAGCAUCCCAGCGUGACUUACAUCUGGAAUGAAAAGGCCGUGGCGGAGAGGACCAAGGCCCGGUUCGCCAAGAUGGCAGCCGAGAAGAAACUCUAG